UGGUAUAAAAAAACAAUCAGAAAUAGCGCACACACAUCACUGCCCACCACUUGACUGUCAUAUGUGUGGCUCAAACUCCGAUAUACUGAAAUCAAUUGACACUAUCGCCGAACUACUGCAAGUGCAUAUUCAUGGGCAUGUUGAUUGAUUUUGGAACAUUGGAUUAUUAGCACAGUUGCAUUGAUCAAAUGCUCGCACCACAGCGCGUAUAAAAGAGGAACAAAGAACGAAACUUUGUUGUUGGAAGUGAGUGGUUAUGGAGAUGUCUUUGCAACUAAACUGCAAAACCGUGUUCCCCUACAGAAGCGGUUGUGUGAAGCUGAACCCGUUUCCUGGGGUGUUACCUCGUCGUUCUGUAACGUUUCAAAGUGGUUACAUGUGUUCCCCGUGCAAAGCAGUUUGGGGUGUUUCUUUCGUCAGUGCCAGUGCAGAUUUUCCUCGGAGGAGGCAACAGAAGAAGGUGGCAGUUACAAGGCCCAAAGGCACUGCUGCAAAGGGUUUUGUCCCAAGCAAAAGGAAUGCAAGAUUGAAGAAGGGAGAUUCAUUAACUCCUGUGGUCAGCGAGGUUUCAGGGGGCGAUAAGAAACAAACAGUUGAUGUGAAUAUUGAUGAUGAUAAAGAAGAGGGGGUUGAAUUUUCAGAAGACGAGAGGUUUGAGGUUAUAGAUAGAACUGAUGAAAUUGUUGGGGAUGUGGGGGAAUUAUUGUUGUUAGAUGAGACCGUGGAUGUUAUUGAGAGCAGUCAAGCUAGCAUUUCUAUGACUGAUGAGGAUGUUGAGGUUCUCGAGUUAAAGGAUUACAAUGGAGGUGUUGGGAUUGUUGAAGAUUCAGGAGAAGGGUUGUUGGAUCAUGCCGAAAUUAAGGAAAGUGUUAAAGAUACAGAUACUGAUAUCCUUGGUGAAAUAACUGAGGAAGCUGUUGAGGAAUCAAGCACUGCUGAUGAUGAUAGAAUAAAGGAGGAAGCUUCUCGGCUGUUGAAUUUGGAGUUGGAAGAAAAUCAGCGCCAGCAGGAGAUAGAGAGCAUAGCAGAGGAAAAAGUUUCUCAAGGUACCAAGCUGUUUGUAUAUCCUCCUGUUGUUAAACCUGAUCAAGAUAUAGAAGUGUUCCUUAAUAAGAGCCUUUCAGCAUUAAGUGAUGAACCGCACAUUCUAAUCAUGGGGGCUUUCAAUGAUUGGAAGUGGAAAUCUUUUUCCGUUAGGUUGAAUAAGACACGUCUGAAUGGAGAUUGGUGGUCUUGCCAGUUAUACGUGCCAAGAGAGGCCUACCAGGUAGAUUUUGUGUUCUUCAACGGAGAAAAUGUCUAUGACAAUAAUGACCAAAAAGACUUUCGCAUACCAAUUGAGGGAGGAAUGGAUGCAUUAGCAUUUGAGAAUUUCUUACUUGAGGAGAAACGUAAAGAAUUAGAAGAACUUGCUAGGGUGCAGGCUGAAAGGGAAAGACAAGCUGAAGAGCAAAGGCGAAUUGAGGCAGACAGAGCUGCAAAGGAAGAGGACAGGUCACGGGCGAGGGUGGAAGUUCAAAGAAUGCGAGAAACAUUACCACAAUUGUUGAAAAAUGCUGUAAAAUCAAUGGAUAAUGUUUGGUACAUUGAACCUAGUGAAUUUAAAGGCAACGACUUGAUCAGAUUAUAUUAUAACAGAAGCUCAGGUCCUCUUGCACAUGCUAAUGAAAUAUGGAUUCAUGGUGGGCACAAUAAUUGGAAGUAUGGGUUAUCAAUCAUUGAAAGGUUUAUCAAAUCUGUUUUAAAAGGAGAUGACUGGUGGUAUGCCGAUGUUGUUGUACCCGACCAAGCUGUUGUCCUGGAUUGGGUCUUUGCUGAUGGCCCACCUCAAAAGGCAGGUGUGUAUGAUAACAAUCAUAAACAAGAUUUCCACGCCAUUGUCCCUACAGUUACAACUGAUGAACAGUAUUGGGUUGAAGAAGAGCAAUUGAUAUAUAGAAAGCUUCAGGAGGAGAGGAGGUUAAGAGAGGAAGCUAUACGUGCCAAGGCCGAGAAAAUAGCACAAAUGAAAGCCGAAACAAAGGAAAGAACUUUGAAAAGAUUUUUGCUUUCUCAGAAGCAUAUUGUAUUCACGGACCCACUUGAUGUUCAAGCAGGGAGUACAGUGACAGUAUUUUAUAACCCCUCCAACACAAAUCUAAAUGGAAAGCCUGAGGUUUGGUUUAGAGGUUCAUUUAAUCGUUGGACUCACCGUAAUGGUCCAUUGCCUCCUCAGAGAAUGUUACCUGCAGAGAAUGGUACUCAUGUCAAAGCCUCUGUUAAGGUUCCACUGGAUGCAUACAUGAUGGACUUUGUAUUCUCCGAGAGCGAACACGGUGGAGAUUUUGAUAACAAAUUUGGAAUGGAUUAUCACAUUCCAAUUUUUGGAGGUAUUGUAAAGGAACCACCUUUGCAUAUAAUCCAUAUUGCUGUGGAAAUGGCCCCAAUUGCAAAAGUUGGGGGCCUUGGUGACGUUGUUACUAGUCUAUCCCGAGCUGUUCAGGAUUUAAAUCACAACGUGGACAUUAUUCUUCCAAAGUAUGAUUGCUUGAACCUUAGCAAUGUAAAGGACUUUGAAUAUCAGAGGAACUAUUUAUGGGGAGGGACUGAAAUAAAAGUAUGGCGUGGAAAUGUUGAAGGUCUCUCUGUCUAUUUUCUGGAGCCUCAAAAUGGGUUCUUUCAAGUUGGCUGUGUAUAUGGUCGUGGGAAUGAUGCAGAGAGAUUUGGUUUCUUUUGUCAUGCUGCUCUUGAGUUUCUACUCCAAAAUGGAUUUCAUCCUGAUAUCAUUCACUGCCACGAUUGGUCAAGUGCUCCGGUUGCAUGGAUAUUUAAAGACAACUAUGCUCAUUAUGGUCUUAGUAAAACACGACUUGUCUUCACUAUUCAUAACCUUGAAUUUGGAGCCCAAUUCAUUGGAAAAGCUAUGCAAUAUGCUGACAAAGCUACAACUGUCUCCCCCACAUAUUCAAGAGAGAUUGCUGGUAAUCCUGUAAUUGCUCCUCAUCUUCACAAGUUCCAUGGUAUAAUAAAUGGAAUCGAUCCAGAUAUAUGGGACCCAUAUAAUGAUAAAUUCAUUCCUGUAUCAUACUCAUCAGAAAACGUUGUUGAAGGAAAAAGAGCCUCUAAGGAAGCCUUACAACAAAGGCUUGGUUUAAAAAGAGCCGAUCUUCCUUUAGUAGGAAUUAUUACUCGACUGACUCAUCAGAAAGGGAUCCAUCUCAUCAAACAUGCCAUAUGGCGCACCCUAGAACGUGGUGGGCAGGUUGUAUUGCUUGGUUCGGCCCCAGAUCCUCGUAUCCAAAAUGAUUUUGUGAGUUUGGCAAAUCAAUUGCAUUCCUCUCAUAAUGAUCGUGCCAGACUUUGCCUUGCAUACGAUGAGCCUCUUUCUCACUUGAUAUAUGCUGGUGCUGAUUUCAUUCUUGUUCCUUCAAUCUUUGAGCCAUGUGGACUCACUCAACUAACUGCAAUGAGAUAUGGUUCAAUACCUGUUGUUCGAAAAACUGGAGGACUUUUUGACACCGUAUUUGACGUUGAUCACGAUAAAGAUAGAGCAGAAGCACAGGGUCUUGAGACAAAUGGAUUUAGUUUUGAUGGAGCUGAUGUUGGAGGUGUUGAUUAUGCUCUGAAUAGGGCAAUAACAGCAUGGUAUGAUGGCCGUGAUUGGUUCAACAGUUUAUGCAAAAGGGUGAUGGAGCAAGACUGGUCUUGGAACCGGCCUGCUCUUGACUAUUUGGAGCUUUACCAUGCAGCACGCAAGAUAGAAUGAGAUCUAAAUGGAGAGAGGAAGUAAGAUGCAAAUUAAGAUUCAUUCCUUUUACACAGAUUUAGUAAUAAGCUUUUUAGUCUUAGAAUAAUUCGUUGCAUAUAGCAAAUCUUAGUGAAAAUAACAACUUCAAGGUGACAUCUGUUCUAGAGAAAACACUCAAAAGGUUCAUUAUUUUGUCGUCACGCAAUAAUAACAUGUAAUUUAUAUGGUUUUAGUAUUUGCUAAAGAGGGCAUGUUUUUUAAUAGCUAAGCUUGUGGAAUGCAGAGCAGAAUAAAUUGGAAUCUGCAAGUUUUUUUUGUGCA